AUGUCACGACAUGACUUAGCCCGGCCGGCGCGGCGUUCUGUAAAGAGGCCUAGAAAUACGAGCAAUGGAUCGGGGGCGAGAAGCGACGUUUACCAUCCGCUGCGCUACACGGACUCAACAAAACAGGCGAUGAUACCGCCACCCACUGAGCGUGCCGUUGUAGUCAUUUUGGAGAAUGCGGGCCUUCUUCUUGGACGCGAGGGUGUGGUUGAUGCGUACGACCGCGCGGCAAGCACUGAGAUUGCGAACGCCUCGCUGAAGGAUGUCCGCCCUGACAUUGUGCAUCAGUGUCUCCUCGCCCUCUUUGACUCGGAGCUUGGAUGGCAGCGGCGGCUGCGUGUGUACAUCAGUCUAUUCGCACGCAGCGGACGCACCAUUGAGGUUUCGCCAGCACUGCGCCCGCCACGCACAUUUCGCCGCUUCAAAGGACUUGUCGCCGCGCUGCUCCGCGAUGGUGCGGUGCGGUCGGUGGAUGGGACUGUGCUGAUGAGGAUCCUGCCGGGCUCCGUCGCGCCUGUGGUGCCGUGUGGGGCGCAGGUUAUCGGGCUGACGAAUGCUGUCGCUGCGCCCGUGCGUACCGCGACGCAGUUGGCUCGCGAGGCGCUUGCGGACCCGGUGGACGACAACCUUCAGGGCGGCGUGAAGAAUGUCGCGGGGUUCUUUUGCAUCUCCUGCACCGACGAGGCCGAUCUCGACGGCAUCGACUACGUGACGCAGCAGGCCUGCCUGAGCGCGUACCCUACCACGGCGCAUGUAAUGUGUGCCCGCAUCUGCGAGGGGUUCGCACGGGCGGCGAAGACAAUUGAUCCCGCAGCCAGCAAGAGCGAGUAA